AUGAAAUUAGAAAAUGCCUCUCUUCCUCCAUACUUACACGACAGUCCGUUCGAUUCAUACAAUAAAUCUUUAAUAAAUCCAAUAUUAUUACCUUCACGCUGGAAUCCAGAAGAUCACGUUCCGGAUAUCCAGAUCUUGGAGGAUGGCGUGAGACUCGCCUACAUUGGGCCAGGAAGAAAUUGUGCAAGCGCAAAGUCAAAUCAUCCGAUUUCGAGCAAAGUUGGAAUAUAUUAUUUUGAAAUCGAGAUUAUAGAUGAAGAGGAUCAUGGGUGGGCGAUGCAUAGGAAUAGGGCUAUCACGAAGUCACGUCUUGCUGGGAUCACGAAUCCGUCGGCUAUCACGGAGAUGAUGGCCUGUU